AUGGGCAAAUCUACUAUCCGGACUGUUUGCAAGGUCGACUUCGACAGGCCUGCCUCGGAGCAGCCGUACCUCCAUAACCGGUGGCACCCUGACAUUCCGUUCGCGGGAACCAUCAAGGAUGGCGAGACGGUCAAGAUCGAGUGUCUUGAUUGGACCGGCGGCCAGAUCAAGAACGAUGACUCGGCCGACGAUGUCAAGAACGUCGACCUGACCAAGGUCCACUACCUCUCCGGGCCCUUCGAGAUCGAAGGCGCGGCCCCCGGCGAUCUGCUCCUCGUCGAGAUCAUGGACGUCCAGCCGUUUGAGGAUCGGCCGUGGGGCUUCACGGGCGUGUUUGACCGCCGCAACGGAGGUGGCUUCCUGGAUGAGAUCUACCCUUCAGCUGCCAAAGCGAUCUGGGACUUUGAAGGCAUCUACUGCACGAGCCGACACAUCCCCCACGUCAAAUUCGCCGGCCUCAUCCACCCGGGCAUCUUGGGGUGCGCGCCGUCUGCUGAGCUCCUCGAAACGUGGAACAAGCGCGAGGCCGAGCUUAUCGCGGCCAACAAGCUCGACCGUGACGUUGCUCUUCCUCCGCAACCCCUUAGCUGCCAUGCGGGGAGUGCCGACAGGGAACUGGCAGAGAAAAUCGGCCGGGAGGGAGCGAGGACCAUUCCCGGACGGCCGGAGCACGGGGGAAACUGCGACAUCAAGAAUCUCUCUCGCGGCUCCAAAGUGUUCCUCCCCGUGCACGUGCCGGGGGCCAAGUUCUCGGUCGGCGACCUGCACUUCUCCCAGGGCGACGGCGAGAUCUCGUUCUGCGGCGCCAUUGAGAUGGCGGGCAUCAUCACCAUCAACUUCCAGGUGAUCAAGAACGGCAUGGCCGGGCUGGGGCUGCGUAGCCCCGUGUACAUUCCCGGGCCGGUCGAGCCGCAGUUCGGGCCGGGGCGGUAUAUCUAUUUUGAGGGCUUCAGCGUGGACGAGGCGGGGAGGCAGCAUUACAUGGACGUGACGGUGGCCUACCGGCAGGCAACGCUGCGCUGCAUCGAGUACCUGCGGCGGUUCGGCUACUCGGACUACCAGGCGUACCUGCUGCUGUCGUGCGCGCCGGUGCAGGGCCACGUGGCGGGCGUCGUGGACAUUCCGAACGCGUGCACGACGCUGGGCCUGCCGAUGGACAUCUUCGACUUUGACAUCUCGCCUCUGGCCGCCCUGGAUGCCACCGCGGAGGGAGAGACGGGAAAGGGGGGCAGGGACAUGGGCCGGUGCGCGUUUGAGAGCGGCCGGACCGAGGGGGAGGUGAGGAGCGAUGCGGGGAAGAAGGGGAGGGUGAGCUUUGGAGGCGGGUUGGCGUAUAGGGAGUGA